GUUAUGUGCCCUGCCCCCUUCCUGGGGCCUUACCCUCAGCUGUGGUGGAGCCGGGGAUUGUACAUGUACAAAAAGCUCAUGCUGGCCCUCUUCUGUGUCCCACUCAUCUGUCGUUCAGCCUUCUUGCUCAUUCACGUCAUCUGUCUCUUCGUGCCGCCUAUCAUAUCCCCGGAUUCACCAUCGUUGCUGCUUCAAGUCAAGAGCGACUUCUGAGUGACCCCAGCCGCGCCAGGUUUCAAGACCUUGGGAACAAACAACCGCAAACAUGGGCAAAGUCGGGCGCUUCGCGUGUAUUCUCACGCCCAUGCUACUCACCCUUGCAUCGCUGAUAUGCAUUGUUCUUGUCGUGAUCGGUCAGACGCCGUGGAAAGGCAAUAAUGCACCUAGCACUGCAUUGGGGCGCGACCUGUAUUUCUUCAAAGCAGACACAAGCGGUUUCAACGCCGACCCUCAGAAUGUCAUCGAUCACCUACCCGACAGCGUAAAACCUGACACCGACCUUGUCAAAGCCCUGCAAGGCGCCGCCUCCUCGAAAGAGCUCAAGGACUUCUACCAAGUCGGCCUGUGGUCGUAUUGCGAGGGCGACAAGGACAAGGACGGCAAGGAAACCAUAACUCACUGCUCGUCUCGCAAGUUCAGCUUCUGGUUCGAUCCCUUCUCGGUGUGGGAGCUCAAGGAUACCAGUGCACAGAAGGCUCUUGGGGAUGACAUGCAAAAGGUUCUCAACGCAUACAAGAAGGCUGCGGGGUUCAUGAAUUGGGCAUUUGUUAUUACGCUGAUCCUGUCGGCUGUCGAGUUUGUUAUUGGCUUCUUCGCCAUCUUCAGCCGCUGGGGAAGUCUGGUCACCACCAUUGUGUCUACUGCGCAAACCAUCUUCGCGCUAGCAGCCGCCACAACCGCAACCGCAAUCUACGCAGCCCUGGUCGGCGUCUUCAAAUCUGUGCUCAAGCCGUACGACAUCGACGCCUCAAUGGGUACGAAGAUGCUAACCGUCCUUUGGCUCGGCGUCGCCUUCUCUGUCGCCUCGGGCUUCUUCUGGCUCAUCUCUGUGUGCUGCUGCUCCGGCAAGUCGCCCCACAAGAAGGUCGUCGUGGAGAAGACUCCUUACACCUACGAGCGUGUUGCUAGCCCGGCAUUUGGCGGACAGCAGGCACAGCACACUGGGUAUGCCGGUGCGGCUGGACAUGGUACGAGUGGCACAGCGUACGAACCGUUUAGGCAGCAGCAGCAUGUUUAGAUGGUUGUUGCUAGAUCCGUGCGGUUUGACUAGGAUGCCAUUGGGUAAUCGCUAAUUAGGUGUGAUUUGGGGAGUGAACGUGACGAGGAAACAUGGUGACAUAUAAUGACCUGUAUGAUCAUCUAUUUGGGUUAGUCAUUUAUAUACCCGGCGUUCUUGGGAGCAUUGGUUUUCCUCCACCAUCUUCAAGAUUUGAAUAGAUGUGUUCGAGUAAACACUCAAUCAACCGCAAUUAUUCCUCCAUUCAUCUUCUCUAGUCACUCGGUGAACUUCAGCCUCGUCGCAUGUUAUAACUCUGAAUCAAACCUCAUUCUCAUCCCAUCUCUAUUCCGUUUGAUCACAUCGCACAAUGUCUAUCCUUCUUUUAUAUGAGAUUCUCUGUUCACAAGGCACUGAGACAUUUAUUUCUUUGAAAAUUUAC